CAUCCGGGAGCCAUCGAGGCAGCAGAGGAGGGAUCCAGCCGGCCCUUGCGCCAAGCCCGCCUCCCUCUCCUUUGGAAACCGAAAGUGAGCCUUUCUUUCUUUCCUUGCUUUCCUUCCUCCCUUCAAAGGCAAGCCAAGGGGCCGGGCCUGCGUUCUCCUCCUCUGGAAGAAGAAGGCGCAGCAAAGGCGGAGCGGCCCUGGGCUGGGCUUCUUGCUUUCCUUCUUUCUCUCUGCCAGCCUUGAGACCCCCUCCUCUCCGCCGCCAUGAGGAAGCUGUGCCUGGGCACGGCGGGGGUCCUGGCCAUGACCCUGCUCAUCGCCAGCGUGGCCCUCCUCGCCGCCCGCGUCCUCCAGAAAGUGGUCGAGCUCCAGGUCAAGCAGCAAAUGGUGUUAAAAAACGGCACAGAAGUUUUUGAAAUGUGGGAAGAAUCUCCACCACCAGUCUAUAUGCAGUUCUACUUUUUUAACUUGACCAACCCUUUAGAGGUACUUCAAGGGGAAAAGCCAUUAGUGCAGGAAAUUGGACCAUAUACUUACAGGGAGACCCGACCCCGAGUCGCAGUUCACAUUUUAGACAAUGACACAGAGGUCUCUUCUCUCAACCCAAAGACUUAUUUCCUUGAUCGGGAGAUGUCAGUGGGAGAUCCAGAAGUCGAUCUGAUCAGGACCGUGAAUGUGCCUGCAGUGGUUGCGAUGAACCUAGCUACAUCAACUCCCCUGCAUUUACCUGCAGAGAUUUUGCUCCUCUUAUAUGAAGAAGAGUUGUUCACAAUACACACCGUACAUGAGCUGUUGUGGGGUUACACCGACAAACUUCUCAGUGCUUUACACAAAUUUCGCCCCACUAUUGAUGCAGAUUUUGGCUUUUUCAAAAAGAUGAAUGGAUCGGAUGAUGGCGAAUACAUCAUGCUAAGUGGAAAGAAGAACUAUCUUGACUUCACUAGGAUUAUCAAAUGGAGAGGAAAAGACACACUAAACUGGUGGACGUCACCGGAUAGUAAUAUGAUAAAUGGAACUGAUGGCUCCACAUUUCAUCCGUUGAUAGGCACAGAUGAAAAAAUCUAUGUCUUUUCCUCAGAUUUGUGCAGGUCUUUGUACCUAACAUUUGACGAAUAUGUGACAGUCGAGGGGAUCUCAGCCUACCGGUUUGUGCCUCCCGUGAGACUCUUUGCCAAUGUUUCUACUAAUCCAGACAACGCUGGGUUUUGUGUACCAGCAGGAAACUGCUUAGGGGCAGGACUUCUGAAUGUCACCGCCUGCAAGCAAGGAGCACCAAUAUUUUUGUCACCGCCCCAUUUUUAUCUGUCGGAUGAGAAGUAUGCUAAUGCCAUUGAUGGCAUGCAUCCAAAUAAGGAGAACCAUGAGAUAUUUCUGGACAUUAAUCCCUUCUCAGGAGUCCUAGUCCGGGCAGCCAAGCGAAUGCAAGUCAACGUUCACAUUCAAAAGCUACCAGAUUUUCUCCAAACGGGCAAUAUCAGAACUCUGUUUUUCCCUGUGCUGUAUAUAAAUGAGAGUGUUGUCCUCGACAGAGCAUCUGCAGUAAAACUAAAGGCUGUUCUCUUUGAAUCUUCUGUGGUCACCAACAUCCCCUUUAUCAUCAUGGUACUAGGAGUCAUUUUCGGAGUUGUAUUUGUUGUGCUUGCCUGCAAGCCAUCACAAGCCAGAGAAGAGGGCAGAGAGGUUUUAGUAGAACCAGAGUAAGUACGCUUCAGCAAAGUGCUGCUGCUGGCUUAAGACACAUGGGUUCCGUAGAUGAGAGAGCACCACUGAUCCGGACAUCGUGACUCGAUUUUCCUCAUCAAUACGACUUACGGAAAUGAGCAGAGUGGUAAAUGAACUAUGCAAACUGCUCUUAAUGGAAGACACUAGCCAGCAAUCUCAACUGCCCCCAUCACACUACUACAAUUGCAUUAACAUUCUGCUCUUUUUCUUUUUUGGGGAAGAGGGAGUAGAAAUCAGGAACUAAGUUUGUAAAACUGGACUGUUACAAUGAAUAUAGAAACUGCAAGGUUUUUAAAGACUGUUUAAAAAGAGUUGCCACUGUCUUCCACAAGUACAAAAAGCAGUAUUUUAAAGUGUUUCUUGCACUGCCGUAGUCCCAUAAACCUCUGUGGGGUGAUGACCAUUCUAAUGGUUAUGGAUUGUCUUAUAUCACAUACUGUAGGAACUUAUCCAGUUACCAUUUUUUUAAAAAUCAGGACCACUACAUACAGCCUUGUCCUUCUGUAACAUGAUUUCUCAUUGGACACUGUUGCUGAUGUCAUAGAGAUUUUAUUUUCCCCCUUGUGUAAAUUGUCACAGCAGAAAGUAAUGCAGAAUUCUUCCAAGUAAGAAGAAAGUAAUGCAACAGAAAGUAAUGCAAACUUCUAGUAAAUACUUACUGGAUGCAAAUCACUGUAUUUAAGGAGUGGCAGAAUUUUUUUUCAACUAGCUUAGCUUAGACGUUCGUUUUACAAAACUGCUUUCAAAAUUGGAUGUCUAGCUAUCAAAUUGACUCAGCAUGAUAGCUAUUCUAGAAUGAUUUGACUUACUGGAUAGAACUUAGAAUUAUCUCUAAAUUCUCUAUGAAGUGAUAUAUAUAAAUACGUUCCAAGACAGAACUGCUUGCACAACUUAAAGAUAUCUGUUUCAGCAGGAUGUGUUAAAAGGAAAAAUAAAUCCAGUUCAACCACUCUCUUUGGGUGAGCUGCUUAGAUUUGCCUGUUUAAGUAAAGCUAUCCAUGGAAAACAUGGGCUGUCAGGCUCUCAGUCUUUGAUAAGGAACACAAUGGAAGUAUGUUGGAAUGGGCAAAAUAAUAAAGAGUAUUAUGGUUGCAUAACCUUCCCCGGGUUUGAACCUGCAAACAGUAUUAGACAAAUUCCAGCACUACCCUCCCCUUCUCCCAGUAUUUCAUAAUGGCUUUAACCAUUGCUAUAAAUCCAACAUCUAACUAUUCUAUUGAUUUAAAGCAGGCAUGGGCAAACUUUGGCCCUCCAGGUGUUUUGGACUUUAACUCCCACAAUUCCUAACAGCCGGUAUGCUGUAAGAAAUUGUGGGAAUUGAAGUCCAAAACACUUGGAGGGCCAAAGUUUGCCCAUGCCUGCUCUAGAUCAAGCCAACCAGAUAGGAGAGGCUAUGGUGUCCCUCUGUUACCAUUCACCUGUGCCUCAUUUGACAUAUAUGGAUAUUAUCCUCUAAACCAGGCAUAGGCAAAUUUUGGCCCUCCAAGUGUUUUGGACUUCCAACUCCCACCAGCUGAUAGGAAUUGUGGGAGUUGAAGUCCAAAACCACCUGGAGAGCCAAAGUUUGCCCAUGCCUGCUCUGAAGCCAGAAGUGUUCUGCCCCUUUCUCAUUGCAUGUGUAUCAAGUGCAAUAUUAGCUGAAACCUCACUGAGUGUGUUCACCAAAUGUCCUCUUACUGAAUUUCCCUUCUCUACUUUUCCUUCUCGUAACAGUAAAGUAAUUGUGAAUCUUACUGGCAAUUUAAACAUUUUCCCCAUAUUUUUGGAAUGUGUGUCAAAAUCACAUGGCUUUUUUGAUUCACAGUAUAUUUACUAAUGGUUGCUGAUUAUUGUUAAUUCCCAUUAGUCUAGCCCAAGAAUAAUUGAACCAACUGUAAGAAUUAGGUUGGACAAAAGAUCAAUCUAGUGCAUUUUUCCAGUUCUAGCAGAGUUCAUAUCAUUUCUCUUUUUUUAGCACAGAGGUUCUGUUUUGAUAGCAAGGUCAAAGCUACAGCAUGUUUAAAAAGACGGUUAUAAGCUUGUAGUUGCCAUCACAGCAGUAGAUUCUAUCCAUUCAUAAUAUAUUGGGUUUUUUAAUGUGUGAAGAAUGUCUUCUUAAUUUACUCCAUAGCCAGUCAUUUUCAUUAGAUUGUCCUAAUCAGUGAAAUCAAUUGGAAAAUCCACCUCCAAGCCUGAGUCUUCCCAUGAUUGGAUGUGGCUGGACUUGGCACAGAGUGAAAACUGAUGAGUGGCAUUACUGAUUUUAUUGAAUGCGCCACCAUUUUCAGCAUAAAAAUUAUAAUGCCAUGGUAAUUACUGUACUACAAAGUGGAAACUGUAUUAUUUUCUAUUUCUACAGGCACUAUAUAGUGAACGGUUAUUUAAACAAUGAAUUGAAGUAUUGUAGUUAAUAAAUGUGUUUACACAGUUAUCGUAUGGGGGAAACACCUUUUAAUAUAGAUUUGUACUUUUAAGAAUGGUAAUCUAACAACCAGAUUGCUUUAAUUUUGGCUCUUAAGGUGAACUAUUUUGGGUCUGAGUCCAGAGUGAUAGCAUAGGUUUUUAGGUUGCUUUUACCAUACGCCAGUAAGGAAUGAGUGGCUAUUUGACAACAUGUGGAAGGUUACAUGUUUCUCAUCCCUGUUAACUUUUUUCCAGACUGAGGCAGAAUGGUUCAGCACAGAGAGAUUCGACAUAGUGUAGUCUCAUUUACUUUUCCUAUAGGAUAAAUUACAGGCUUUAAAAAACACACAAUUGGUGACUUUUCAGAAAGGCUUUCUUGUCAUUUCCCCCUUGGCACAAGAUCAUGUAUAGCAGAAAUGAACAGAAGAUAGAGUAGGAUAUAUUGCUGUGGUUGAAUGACGAUUUCUAAUUUCCACAUGCUUUAACAGUAGCAAUAACAAAUUGACAUCUCCUGCUGAAUUUUUCAGUGGAAGGGACUGUGAGCCAAUCCCUGGACUCAGAAUGUGCUUGGAUGUUCUGUUUUCUUUAACUCUGUAUGUACGUGGGGGGUUGUGAACAUGGCUCUGGGUGAUAAUUUAAUGGCAUUAGCAAAAAUAAAACAAUGUGAAGUAGAUCUGCUUUUACCUAGAAUAAAUAAAUAAUGGAACGGAUGAGCUGCUUGCAGUGUGCUUUUAACUAGAGAGUUUGCUGAAAAGCCAGAUGGAAGGCCCCAGUAUCAAUUCCCCAAGUGUUAGCCUGUUUCCUGUUUCACCAGUCUGUCUUUCUGUUUUGAUUUUGUUUAAAUGAGAAAACUUGAAAAGAUAAUCUUAUUGGACUACAACUCCCAGAAUCUGCAAGCCAGUGUGACCAAUAAGCAUGAUAGUUGAGGAGUUCUAGAAGUUUAUGUGCUCACAGUUACUCUUCUGAACUCUCUGGACAAAAUCUGUAGCGUUUGUUUUGCUAGUUUUUCACCUAUUUGUUUUACUUGCAAACCUAUUGUAUUUCCUUACAUGAACAUGGUCAGCAGUGCCCUGUGAUUGCACAUUGUGGUGUACAAGUCAUUUGGUACAAUAUAGUGCUUUGUAAACCAUUUCACUAUAUAACCUUUGACGAACUGCACUGGAUCUGACAGAUACAUGUGAACUUGCUAGCCUCAAGGUACAAUCUACAAGCCACUUCACUUCAGAAUGGGUUAGCCCAUUUCUCCUUCACUUACUUUACUUGCAGUUUCUUUUCAAUGUGGGCAGCAUGUGUUCUAACAUAAUAGUGUUUGUAGGGUGGCUGUGUUCACUGCUCAAAGAGCUUCAGGUACUAAUAAUCUGUGUAAUUAUUACAAUAAUUCUUAAGGAAGCUAGUGUCAACUUUGUUUUACAUGAGGGGCACUCCAGCCUGAGGAAUAGCAAAUUCCUUAGGACUUGUAAUGAGAUCAAAUCAGUAAACCUGAGUCUUUAUACUAAGGUACCUUAAAAACUAACAAAUAUAUUAAAAUAUAAGAUUUUGUGGUCAUGCAAUAAUAAAUUUGUUAGCUUUUCAAAUGUCACCAGUCUCUAUUGUUUCUGCCACAACACAAGAGGUGAUCACAAUUUCCUCAGACAAAUAGUAAGAUAAUCUUUUUUCCUGAGGUCUGUUUUAUGCACAUAGUAGACUAACCAAAAACAUGUACAGUGGAACAGCCAGAGAACACUAACACUUAUGUGUGCUUGAAAAGAGUUGGUUUGAGGGCAUUUUAAUGCAAAAAAGGGAAAAUACUGUACAGUGUCAGAAGGCCAUAACAAAUCAACCAUUUACAUUUUUAACUUUUUCUAAUUGGAAGAAUUAUCCUGGGUGAAUCAGUCUUCUUUAAUGUUAUGACUGUGUCCUUUUUUGAGGAGGGGCGUGUAACAUUGUGGCUCUUUACUCACCACAUUAUAUGUAACAAACAAAGCAAGCUUCACCGAACUUUGUCCAUGAAUGUGGAGUAUUCAGAAUAAAUGGCUUUUUUGUCA